AGGUUAGUGUUUACUGAUUAGUGAUUACAGCUACAGCUUACCGUUCUUUCGGUAAACGCGUUUUAAAUAAAGUCCAGCAAGUAAAUUAUUUGUUUAUUUGACGUUUGAAAAAAGUACUCGCCAAUUUCUGAAAACAAACGUCAGCCAUGGCGGCUGAUAUAAGCUCGUACAGAGACCAACAUUUUAAAGGCUCUAGAGGUGAGCUCGACAAAUUAUUGCGUUUGUCAACAACUAUGUACGUUGGAAACUUGGCAUUUUAUACGACGGAAGGACAGAUAUACGAACUGUUCUCCAAGUGUGGUGAUAUUAAGCGCAUCGUCAUGGGCUUGGACAAAUUCAAGAAAACACCCUGUGGCUUCUGCUUCAUUGAGUAUUAUACAAGGGAAGAUGCAGAGAAUUGUAUGCGUUAUGUCAAUGGCACUCGAUUGGACGACCGAAUCAUUCGUACAGACUGGGAUGCUGGAUUUGUGGAGGGCAGACAAUAUGGUCGUGGAAAAACAGGCGGUCAAGUGCGAGACGAGUAUAGAACCGAUUAUGAUAUUGGCCGAGGUGGAUAUGGUAAGAACGCUCAACCCAAAGCAGACAUGAUAAUAUUCGGCAGAAACAAAGAUGCUCUUCCAAUGGAUUAAUGCACAAUUUUAGUAAACCAAAUUAUAUUUUUUCAGAUAUAAAUUUUUUUUUUUUUUCAUUGUGUAAAUUCCUGCCGCUUGAUUUUGUAAAUAAAUAAAUAUUUUAUA